AUCAUCAAGAACAAGCUCGUCCGCGACAUGAAGGUCGACGUCGAGGUCGGCACCCCCCGCGUGUCGUACCGCGAGGCCAUCACCAAGGAAGCCACCGACAUCCGCGGCAAGUUCGUCAAGCAGACGGGCGGCCGAGGCCAGUUCGGCGACGUCACCAUCAACAUCGAGCCCUACACCGCGGCCCAGGCCGAGGAAGCCGAGCUCAACUUCAAGGACGGCGUCGCGUUCGAGAACAAGAUCGUCGGCGGCAAGAUCCCCCGCGAGUACAUCCCGUCCGUCGAGGUCGGCAUCCGCCAGACCGCGGCGUCCGGCAUCAUGGCGGGCUUCCCGCUCAUCGGCUUCAAGGCGACCCUCGUCGACGGCUCGUACCACCCGGUCGACUCCUCGCAGGUCGCCUUCGAGCAGGCCGCUCGUCUCGCCCUCUCCGAGGCGUGCAACAAGGCCGGCCUCACCCUCCUCGAGCCGAUCAUGAAGGUCGUCAUCACGACGCCGGACGAGUACAUCGGCUCGGUCACGGGCGACAUCUCCUCCCGUCGCGGCCUCGUGAUGGGCACCGAGGAGCGCGGCAACGCCCGCCUCAUCACCGCCGAGGUCCCGCUCUCCGAGAUGUUCGGCUACACGACGGUCCUCCGCUCGAUGUCCCAGGGCCGCGCGACCUCCUCGAUGGAGCCGCUCGAGUACCGCCCGCUCCCGCCGAACAUGGUCAAGGAAGUCGUCGCCGCGUCGAACGACGUGGUCAAGCUCACGAAGAUCUACACGAAAGUCGGCGACGGCGGCGAGACGAUGCUCGGCUCGGGCGAGAUGGUCGAGAAGUCCUCGCCCCGCGUCACAGCCUACGGCGAGGUGGACGAGGCCAACGCGAGCAUCGGCCUGGCCGUGGCGAUUUUGGGCGAGUCCGACCUCGCCGACCGGGAAGCCAUCGCGGGGGAGCUGACGCGGAUCCAGAACGACCUCUUCGACGUCGGCGCCGACCUCUGCGUGCCGGUGGAAGCGGACGAGGAGCCCGGCUCGCGCCUCCGCACGACUGAGGCGAUGGUCACCCGCCUCGAGGAGGCGAUCGACCGCUGGAACGCCCGCCUCGCGCCGCUCAACUCCUUCAUCCUCCCGGGCGGCUCGAAGGCGAGCGCCGCGAUCCACGUCUCCCGCACCGUCACACGCCGCGCCGAGCGGGCCGUGGCCGCGUUGUGCGCCGAGGAGCCCGAAUCGACGAUGCGGUACGCGCAGAUCUACCUCAACCGCCUCUCGGACUACCUCUUCGUCAUCGCCCGCGUGGCGAACGGGGACGGCGAGCGGGACGUCCUCUGGACCCCCGGUGGGCAGGAUCAGCCACUGGAGGCCCUGGUGACCGCCACCGUCACAUCCGAUUUCCGCGAAGAAUUCGAAGCCGAGAGUACUCGUCGGCUGCGCAAGCGAUUCAUGUGGUACUGCGGCGUGGUGCUCGGGCUCAGCCUGAUCAACGCGAUCUCGGUCGUGAUCCUGUUCAUCUUCAUCCCCCAAGAUCACCUUCUUGACGCCUGGGUGAUCACCAUCGCCACCGUGAUCGCGGUCAUCCCCUUCGUCUGGGCGUUCCUCUUCGCGAAGAAGCGUCAGCGCAUCGCCCGCCAGACCCUGAUCCGGAUUGUGUUCUGGCUCAUCGUGGGCACGAGCAUCAUCAAUCUCGCCGUGGCGCCGUUCAGCCGACGCGCGUCCCAGGCCAUCGCGAUCGAUCAGGCUCAGAAAAUCCAGGAGCGUCGCGCCAACGCGGGCGAGGAGGCGGAACCGGCGGCAGCGGUCGAUGCCGUCCUCGACGAGAUCGCCGAGGCGGUCGACCCGGAAGCCGACGUCACGGGUGGCGAAGGCGAACCCGAGGCGACGCCGGAGUUCGCUCCCGGCACUCAGCAGGACGCCGCAACCGAAGCAACUUUGGCCGACGAUGCAGAGCCGGCGACGAACGGCGGACGCGUCGUCGUCGCUCAGCAGGAUCUGCCCGGAGGCGGCACCGCACAGGUGACCGUGGACGGGCCCAGGUUCGGGAUCGGCGCGAUGUGGAUGCUGAACCUGCUGAUCACGCACGUGUUCGCCUCGCUCUUUAUCCCGUGGACGCCGCGGGAAGCGAUCGCGCCGCUCGUGCCGCUCCUGAUCCUGAACGCGCUGCUGCUGCUCGGCUUCAAGACGUUCGGGGAUAUCUCGGACAGGUGGAUAGACCUGGUCCUCAUCAUCCUGCUCUCCCCCCUCGUCGGCGUCCCGGGGACCCUGAUCUGCUGGUGGCGGCACUCUCGAUACCGCCAGAAGUUCCACUACAAAAUGCUCCGCGGCCGCUACGGCGAGAUCAAAGCGGAGUUCUCCGAGGCGCGCAAGAUCCACGAGGCCCUCUUCCCCGCGCCCAUCGACGCGGGCCCGCUCCGCAUGGACUACAUCUACGAGCCCAUGCGCCAGAUCGGCGGGGAUUUCCUCUUCUCCCGCUCCAUCCAGCGCGAGGACGGCUCGGUCGUCCUCCACGCCGUGCUCGUGGACGUCACGGGCCACGGCCUCACCGCGGCGCUCACGGUCAACCGCAUCGCCGGCGAGAUCGAACGCGAGUUCGGCGAGGACCCGGACACCACCCCGGCGCAGAUCCUCACCGGCCUCAACAACUACAUCCACCACACCCUCGCCCUGCACUCGGUCUACGCGACGGCGCUGGCCGUGCGCGUCGAUUCACGCGAAGAGCGCGUCACCUGGGCGAGCGCCGGGCACCCCCCGGCGUUCCUGCGGGGUGUGGACGGCACGAUCGAGCGGCUCGAAUCCACCGCGCUCGUCCUCGGGGCGUGCCUGGGCGACGACUUCGUCGUCGAAGAGCUCAGCCACCGCUUCACCAUCGGCGACGCCUUGCUCGUGUAUACCGACGGCGCCACCGAGGCCCGCAACGAUGAGGGCGUCAUGAUCGGCGUCCGCGGGCUCGAAGCCAUCAUGGCCAACGGCCGCCCCGAAGAGUUCGGCGGCUGGUCCGCGACGGUGAUGCGCCACGUCGAGCAGCACCGGUACGGGCAGGCGGAGGACGACACGCUGCUGGUGGAGAUCUACCGGCCGGUGACGGUGUCCAAAUAG